GUUCUAUUGAAAAAGGAAAACCAUCAGCGAUAGUCUCCACUAAUCUAACAUGCGGCCUUCAUGCUCAUUCGCGUACUCUAGAGGGCAUCACCAACUGGCCCUGUACCUGAUGUCACCACCAUCUCAACUCGUCGCUUCGGCAAAGAAGAUCCCGAGACUCAUGCGGAGAAACCCCAGGAUGAUUGAUUCUGGCUUGGGAGGGUUUGAACGCCACUUGCAUGUUGGCGCCACGGCAUCCUCUCCAAUUAAUCGCCACAAGGUGGUCUCUCGCUUCAACCCGACUCGAAAUGCGAGCUCAACCAGCACCCCCAUGCAGGUUGGAAACGGAAACUUCGCAUUCGGAGCUGACGUGACCGGCCUUCAGACAUUCCUGCCUUACGGGACCCUGUCGUCCUGGGGCUGGCAUAAUUCCUCCCUGCCUCAUGGAGCUUCGCCGUCCGACUUUACCGGCCUCGACUGGUGGACACACGGACGACUGGUGAACUAUGAGAUGCCAAAUCCUGCACAGCCCGAGAUAUCCCAGUGGCUUAUCAAAAACCCACAUCGAAUAAACCUAGGAAGAAUUGGAUUCGUGUUCAUGAGCGAUGGCGGAAAUAUCACAGAGGAUGAUUUGUCGGACAAAUUCCAGAAAUUAGACAUCUACCAUGGCAUCUUAAACUCCAACUUCACUCUCAACGGCCGUAAGACUACGGUCUGGACGUGUGUCGACCCGUCUUCAGACACAGUGUCGGUGCGCCUGCAUUCUGAGCUUCUCGCUCAAGGCCAACUUGCUGUCUUCUUCGAUUACCCCUAUGCCACGGACGUCAGCAAAUACGAAGCUCCCUUCGUCGGCGACUGGGACGCCGUUUCAAACCACACUACAGACCUCCGCCGCAUCAUCCUCUCCCAGUACCUCGUUGCCGUCAACGGCGCCGGAAACGACCCGCCUCAGGAGUCCGGCCUCGUGAACAACGGCUGGUACGGCAAGUUCCAUUUAGAAAUCUUUGCCGGAGUAGAUACGACGCCCGUUCUCACAAAAUGGAACGAUAUCCUGACCCAGUCGGCUGAUUUCAUGGCCUCUUUUGCAUUCUGGAACUCGUCUACGGGCGUCUACGACCUCGGCCCUCCCAUGUACCCUGUCUCCGAGAAUACAGCGCCCAACAGCACGCGCAACCCGACGUUCGAGCUUGCCUAUUGGCACUUCGGACUCGACACGGCCAUCCGGUGGAAAGAGAGACAGGGAGCGUGGCAGAGCGUCCCUCGGUCGUGGAAACAGGUCCUAAAGAACUUGGCGCCACUGCCCACGGUGGAAGUCAAUACGCCGACUGGGGAAAAAGCCCUCACAUAUACGCUGUACGAAGGCAUUCCGAAUAUGUGGACGGAUCCCGAAACGGUAACGGAUCAUCCUGCAUUAACAGGGAUCUACGGGCUCCUGCCUCCCCUUGCGGUGGUGGACAGGACGAUUGCCAAAUCCACGGCAGCGCAGGUCGCGCAUACCUGGAACUUCACCGACUGUUGGGGGUGGGAUUUCCCUAUGCUGGCGAUGAAUGCGGCCAGGUUGGGCGAUGUCAACGCCGCCGCGGGGUACCUUGUUCAUGGAAACUUCCAGUUCGACGACGUCGGCAUGCCGAUUGGGCCGAUGCGUAACGUGCCCACGCCCUAUUUUCCUAGCAGCGCGGGGUUGUUACUAGCGGUGGGAAUGCUGUCAGGGGGUUGGGAGAAUGCGAGUGACACGAUGCUGGGGCGCACGACUCCUGGCUUUCCGAUUGAAUGGAAUGUCUUGGCCGAGGGAUUCAUGACGAUGUUUUAG